AUGAGUGCCUUACAUACGGUGGUGAAUGAGACGAUCAUAGAGGCGGUUCGGGUGGCUCUCGAGAGCUACACUGCUGAGGGUCAGCAGCUCACUGUGCCAAACGAUGGGACGAGGAUGCCUGCUGAACAAGAAAGCAUAAUCCGCAAAGCUCUUUUUGCCGGGUUGCAGAACCUCCGCGCAGCAGUCCAGCAGCACGCCACCCGCUUGACGCCGCCGGGCAACACCGAGGAGGUGGACAGCCAUACUCAUAUGCAUCUGGCGAGCGAACUGACCACGACCACGCCGUGGGGGCUGAGUACCGCUCUCGCACAGCUGGCAAGCAACGCCACAGCAACACAAGAGUUCGUGCAACAGGCGGUGCUCAGCAUCUGGGCCCAUCUGCACAGCGCUGCAAGCCGCAGAGAAGGUAGUAUCGCUGCAAACGCCGUCUACACGGCUACCCCGGAUGUGACUCGAGUACUAGAGGCUGCUGCGGCAGCACAGCAUAUUGUUGCAGCGGAUGGGGUAGCGCCAGCGAGCACUGUAUGGCCGAUGACAGCUGGGAGUAUUGUUGCGUAUCUGAGCACCUUCUCUGCUGCUGAGUGGGUGUGGCUGCUGGCGACUCUCGUGCUUGGCUACCUAAUUGUGUCCUUUGUCUUUGGUCGUAUACUGGGUUUUAAUGGCCUAUUGAAUCGCCGGCGGCCGAGGACGACCACCGUGUUGAUUGGCCUACCUUACAGUGGCAAGACAGCACUGUUCGUGCAGCUUGUGCACCAUCGGCAGCUUCUCGAGACACGCGCAAGUAUGCGCACGAACAGUGGAUACAUGUGCGCAGCGGCGCAGCAUGGCCGUUCCACUGGCAGGGCGGGGGUGAAGGUUGUCGACUGCCCUGGCCAUCCGCGCCUGCAUAAAGAGAUGCUGCGCGCUGUCAGCGAAGCUUUAAACGUCGUUGUCGUCAUCGACUCCGUUACCGUUCAGGACAACCAACGGGAGGGCGCUGACGCACUGGCGGAGCUUCUCAUCAACGUUUUGCAGUCACCUGAGUUCUACGGGGUUCGUCGGCUUCUCUUCGCCUGCACGAAGCGCGACGAGGUGAUCAGCUACGCCCCGAAGGCGGUGCGCAGGUUGCUGGAGGCCGCCAUGGUCGCCUCGAUCGAGUCGCGUCAGAACGCGAUGGGGCGCGUAGAGAGCGUGCGUGACAGCAACAACACAGUCGUCACCAGCAGAGGCAAGCCUGACGGCGGCCGCCGAAAAGAUGGCGGUGGCCGUCGGCACAUGCUUUUCUUGGAUGGCGCGGGAAGCGAUGACAGGAUAGGCGAGGCGGUGCCUGGCUAUGAGCAUUUGCGUGGAGCGCCUGGUGGGAGUGAGAAGAGCUUCAAUUUUGAGCAGCUGGGCAUUCCGGUGGCAUUUGUGGACGUGAGCAGCCGGCCGAACGCCGCGGAGCACAAAUACUCGAUCACCGUCCUCGAAGACUUCCUGCUGGGCGGCGGAUUCGGUAGCGAUGGCUGA